ACUCAUAGCUACCUUUCUUAAAACAGUUUCAAAUUUUCCAAUUUUAUUUAAAUGUAGUUUCUUAGUAUACCAAUUUAUUUUGCACUAUUUCUCUGGCUGACUCUUUGUAGCUUUGGUAAACUCUGAUGGAAACUUAUAUUAAUGUUACAGUUACAUGGAUGGUCAACAUAAUAGUGUGGUUUAUGAGGUUUGUUAAUCAUUGGAGAAGAUUUUAUUAGUUUGAAUUAAGAAUUGUUGAAAAAAGAGAGUGAAAUGGAAGCAAAGAAUCAGAAAUCUAUUGAGAGAGUGGUUUCACAAAGAACAUUGCAAAUGAGUAGUUCAUUUUCUUGUCAAAUUUGUGCUGUUGGAUUUCUAUGUGGAGUUUGUCUAACCUCAUUUUUCUUAGCUGCUUUGACUUCUUUUGGUGCUUUUAACUUUGGCCCCAUUUUGUUUUCAUCAAUGUCAACGACUAAUUCUACUUCUCACCACAAUUUCAACAUGGUUACAGCAACCAACUGUAAUUUUAUGCUUAAGGAAACUGAAAGAUUAUUGGAUUUGACGAGCACUAGAAAGCGAGACAACGAUGAGAGAGUCUCAUUGCUUUACUCAGCUUGGAAUGCCGUCUUGAAUAAAUCUACUACAAGGGACUUGGAGCACAAACUUGGAAUUAAAUGGUCUAGCUUGCCUAAUGCUCCACAUUUGGAAAAUUGCAAGUUGAAGACGCAACUAUAUCGCGAUUUUGACGAUCGUAUAGGAAAUGAGAGGCUUCCACCAUGGACAAGUUGGAAGGGAUUUUUGCAGACAUUCCCUGUUGUCCCAGACGAGCAUAUACAAAAUCCAAAGAGUGAUGAGGCUGUAUCUGAAGGGGCCUAUCCACCCUGGAUUGUAGGAUCUGAUGAAGAUAACUAUCCCUUGACUAGAAAAGUGCAGCGCGACAUAUGGAUCCAUCAGCACCCUUUAAACUGCAGCAACCCUAAUGUCAAGUUCCUUGUUGCUGAUUGGGAGGGAUUACCAGGACUUGGCAUUGGGGCUCAGAUUGCUUCAAUGUGUGGACUUCUUGGUAUUGCUAUCAAUGAAGGAAGAGUUCUUGUAGCUAACCAUUACAACAGAGCUGAUCAUGAUGGUUGCAAAGUGCGGCACUCUUCGUAUGCAGGGUCUUCCCGUUCGAGUUGGAAUUGUUACUUCUUUCCAGAAACAUCCUUUGAAUGCCGUCAGCGUGCGUUUGAACUUAUGAAAAGUGAAGAGGCGUGGAGCAAAGGAGUUGUGACCACAAAAGAAAAUUAUACAUCCAAGCAUAUAUGGAAUGGACCAACUCCUAGGAAGUGGGGACUUCCAUGGAAUUAUUUGCAACCUACAACUUCUAUAAAUGGGAGUUUGUUGGUUUCUCAUAGAAAAAUGGAUAGACGGUGGUGGAGAGCACAGGCUGUACGUUACUUCAUGAGGUUUCCAACUGAAUACACAUGCAAUUUAAUGAAUGAGGCUCGCCAUGCCGCCUUUGGAAAAUUAGCUGCAAAAAUGGUUCUUCAAAGUCUUGCUGCAGACUGGCCCAAGGAAAGCAGUGACAAGCCAAGGUCUGAUAUGGAUGAAUAUGUAUGGUCCAAUCACAAGCCAUGGGUCCCUAGGCCUCUUCUAAGCAUGCAUGUAAGGAUUGGAGACAAAGCAUGUGAAAUGAAGGUGGCUGAAUUUGAAGAAUACAUGGAGCUUGCUGAUCAGAUUCGGAGUCAUUUUCCAAACCUUAAUAGCAUUUGGCUUUCCACUGAGAUGCAGCAAGUCAUUGACAAAACCAGAGAAUAUUCACAUUGGAACUUUCACUAUACAAAGGUAAGACGCCAAGCAAAGGCUAAUAUGCCAAUGUCAGACUAUGAAGCCAGCCUAGGUAGAGAGACCAGCACUAAUUAUCCACUAGUUAAUUUCUUAAUGGCUGCUGACUCAGAUUUUUUUGUUGGGGCAUUGGGUUCUACUUGGUCCUUCCUUAUAGAUGGAAUGAGAAAUACUGGGGGAAAGGUGAUGGCUGGAUACUUGAGUGUCAACAAGGAUAGAUUUUGGUAAUGUCUUGUAAAUAUGAUGAUUUUAUUUGUUCCACGGGCCCAUGGUUAUUUUUUCUUAAUUCCUUUUCUGUUCUUGUCUCGGGGAGAAAUUAUUCAAUCUUUGAAUUUUGUUAUUAUGGGUAUUCUAAAUACCUAACUAGGAUGUGUUUAAGGUGCAUCACUUACAUAAAUUUUAAAGGACUGAUUUAUAAUUUAUUUAAA